GAGGAUCUUAUCUGCAACACUGUGUGUCCCCUUAGCUGUUAAUAAGUGAAAAGAAGAGAGUGCGUGGAAAAUGCUAGGCCUUUCUGUUGCUUCGCCUUCUUCGUCAACCAUUUCAUUUCUUCCAAAACCAUUACCAUUUAAAUCUUCCUUCAAUGGCAUUCAGCUCCGUCACCCAUCAAUAUGCUCCAUUCCACCCACGAAACGCACCGCUUCAGUGUCAGUGGUGAUGAUGGCUAAGAGAGAACAGGAAAUGAAAGAAAUUAGAGAAAAAACCACUGAACAAAUCAACGACGAGGUUAUCGACCUUAAGGGCGAGCUUUUAAUGCUUCGCCUUCAGCAAUCGGCUCGUAACGAGUUCAAGCCCAGCGAAUUCCGUCGCAUGCGCAAGAUGAUUGCUCGCAUGCUUACUGUGAAGCGGGAAAGAGAGAUUGAGGAGGGUAUCGGUAAGAGAAUGUCCAGAAAGCUUGAUAAAAAAUGGAAGAGAAGCAUUGUUGUAAGACCACCUCCGUCUCUAAAGAAGCUUCGGGAGGAAGAAGCAGCUGCAGAAGCCGCUGAAGCUGCAAAAGCUGAAAAAGCUAACACAUAAAAUUUGAACUUACGGAGUUUCGUGGUUUAAAUUAUUGUUCAAGCAUAAUUUUCUUGUUUUGGUGGAUGUUGUUAUCUCGUGUAUAAUAUUUCGUUGGCAGUAAUCUAUGUUUCAUUUUGCCGUAAGGUUCUGUGCCUUGUAUUUUGUAAGAAAAGAGACAUGGUUAUCAAAAUUAUGAUUUGUAUCGUUCAAAUUCGGCAAAACAUUUUUUUUUUA